UAUUAUGAAUAAGAAAAUAAUAAAUCUAUAAAAAAUUGGAAAAUGGAUUGAAUUGAGCGAUAGAUUUUGGAAUGAGAGUUAAAUUAUUUAUAUAAGUGGAUAUAAUUUAUUUGGAGAGAAAAAAGGUAGAUGGGACAUUAUUUAUUAAGGGAAAGAAAUGUAAAUGAUAAAUUUAUGUUAGUGGUGGUAGAUUAUAUAAUGAAUAAGAAUAUAAAUCUAUCAAAAUUGGAAAAUGGAUUGAGUUAAGUGUGGAGUUUUUAUCAAUGAAUUAAGUUAUUUAUAUUGGUGAAUAUAAUAAGAAUGGUAAAAAAGUUUGUAGAUGGAAUAUUUAUUUUAAGGAACCUUAUAGAAAUUAAGAAUAUAAAUAGAUAGAAGAAUGGGAGAAUUUGGGAUAUUUAAAAGAAGUUGUUUAUAUUGGUGAAUAUAAUAAUGAAGGACAUAAAAUAGGGAGAUGGGAUAUUUUAUUUAGAGGAUAAUAAAUGUAAGAUAUUUGAAAAUGAAGAUAGUGGAGGAGGAGAAUAUAAUCAAUGGAAAGGAAGAACAAGAAAGAUAGGGUAGUGGAUUGAUAUUUAGGAUGAAUUUUGGGUAUCUUCAUAAAUUACUGUUCAUGAUAAAUAUAAUCUCAAUGGAUAAAAAAUAGAUUAAUGGAAUACAGAGUAUAAGGGUAAAAUAAUGUAAAUAAAUAAUAAAUAUUAUUUAGUGGUGGUGGAUCAUAUGAUUAAUAAGAUGGAUAUACAAAAAAGAUUGGAAGUUGGAUAGAAUUUUUGGAAGAAUUUAAGGAUUGGAAUUAAAUAACUUAUAAUGGUGAAUAUAAUUAAUAAGGUAUAAAAAUUGGUGUCUGGGCAGAAAUUGAUAUAAAGAAAAAUGUUGUGAUUAAUUAAAGUAAAUAAUAUAAUUGA